AUGGGGAAAACAGUGCUGAUAGAUCCUCGAACUGGUUCACAGUGUCGAACAGACGGUAAAACCGUGUUGACACACAAAACAUUAUUUCUACCAAAAGAAAAUCAACUUAAAGCCACACAUCAAUUCUUGAAUAAUCUCCCGGCAUCUGUCGAUUUAAGACCAUAUAUGACGCCAGUAGAAGAACAGGGAACUAAAAUGGGAAGUUGUGUCGGUAAUGCACUCGCAGGUGCUGUUGAAUAUUUGAUGUUAAAAGGAAGUGGUAUACCGAUUGAUGUAAGUCGUCUGUUUAUAUACUACAACGCUCGUUUAAUAGAAAAAGGUGAACCUGUUGAAACUGAUGGAUGUACAAUUGAAAGUGGAAUUAAAGCUGUUCAGAGGUAUGGCGUGUGUAAAGAAAUUUUAUGGCCGUAUGAUCCUAAAUUAGAAAAUCGACGUCCAACACUGCAAGCUUACGCUCAAGCACGAAGAAUAACAAUAAUUCCCUCGCAAGUCGAUAUGACAAGCUUACAAAACAUGAAAGCUUAUUUGGCAUCAGGUAUUCCGUUUACAUUUGGAUUGAGAAUAUUUGAUUCCUCAUUUGACAAUGCAGCAAAAAAUAAUGGACACUUCACGAUGCCAACGUCAAGUGAGCGAGAAUCAUAUAAAAAGUAUGGUUGGCACGCUGUUUUAGCCGUAGGAUAUAACGAUCAGAAACAAGAAUUUAUUUUAAGAAAUUCGUGGGGAAGAGAAUGGGUAAGUAUUCAAGAAUGA